GGCAUUAUGCUCAACACCUUCGCUCUCCUCUUACUAAUGUGCCAGCUCAGACAGAUAAGGACUUAAAUGUUGACGUCCUCUCCGGAGGCGUUUUCUGGACUGGACCAGUCAAGCAAUUAUGGGGAUAUUCAAUUACUCCCAUCGCGCCCUUCAUAAAUAACUGCGACAUUAAAAUAACUAUAUUAGGGCUUGGAAUUAUUGACAAGACUGUCAUUCCGUUUAGUGCACACCAGUGCUUUUCAUUUAAAGUGACGAGGGGAGAGGGAGACUGUUAACAAAACGCGCGUUAUCAUUCUCGCCACGUCGCCUACUUUCGCUUCUUUGGCAGUUAUUACAGAGGGUUACUUGUGCCUUAAACAUGUGACUUAGUGAGAGAGGGGCACAGGGGAGAGCUCAAGCGCCCAUGCCCGCUAUUUGCUGCUGGGCGCCUACCUACAGUGUCUCCAGGAUCUGGCUCCCGCGCUCCUCCACACGGCGAUGCGGAGUAGGCGGGUCAAGUAUAGGAAAAAAAAAGCAGCGCUGGGGUGGAAUUCAUGACGGGAUAUUUAACCGUCUUCGUGGGGCGGCUGUCCGCGUCCCGGUAGCCGCAUUCCGUCGCAUCUGUCCGACACUGGACCCCCGCCGGUUUCUGGCUGAAACGAAUGCGCAAACGCGUCUUUUUAAUCUCCUAAUCGACAGCCCCUUUGCGCUCCUUGAGUCUCUGUCCUCCUCCUCCUCCUCCUCUACUCGUGUCUGCUCUUGACUAGAUCUCCUGCUGGAUGAUUUCAUUUUGUUAAGUCAUUAUCCACAGAAAGGUCAGAGCCUCUGCUUCUAGCAACUGAAUUACACUGGGAUAAGCCGACUUUUCACCCCCGGCAGAAAGUCAAAGUUUCUCACUGGUGUAGAACCGUGCGACGGAUUGGUCCGGAGCAGUCAUCCUCGCCUAUCACUUUUUUUUAUACCUCUUUUCGGAUCCUCGAGUGUGUACUAGAGGAUUUUUGGAGAGCUGUCUUUUUUUUUUCUUUCUCCGCGGAGUUGCUUUUCAACCCUGACAAACUGUGACAUGAGUUUACGAUAUCGGGAGUUGAGAGCCACCGGGAUUCAGCAAGAGAAUGGGAAAUACUGAGUUCAACUUUAUCUGCUGUUCCAAACCGCGGUGUUCGGGGGGCGUUGAGGUGAUGCAUGUCCCCCGGUCAUCCCAGUGGAGGAGCCAGCUAACAACGAGUGGCUUUGGCUGCUGAACGCACCCCCUCCCACCAUCACCACCCUCAUCCCUUCCUCGCUCCCUCCAUCUCUGAUGGCUCUAUGGGGCGUCGUCAGCCUCAGCCUUCACUGCUGGGUGUGUUUACAUUCUGCGGUAACAGCAGCAGCGGUAGCAACUGCCAGCCUCCCCAAUGACAAGCCUGGGGGCCCCCUGGACUGGCUCCUGUCUGAUAAAGGGCCUUUCCACCACUCCCCAGAGUACAUUGACUUUCUGGAGAAGAACCGGCAAGGCUUCUCCACCAGAUACAAGAUAUACAGGGAGUUUGGGAGAUGGAAGGUGAACAACUUGGCAGUGGAAAGGAGAGAUUUCUUAGAGUCUUCGUUACCUCUGACUCCUGAUUUCAUCAGGAACAUCCGAAUGUUGGGCCGCAGGCCCACCACCCAGAUGAUAACUGACAAUCUGAUCCGGAAGUACGGGACUCACUUUCUGUUGUCAGCUACACUGGGAGGAGAAGAGGCCUUAACGAUAUUUGUGGACAAGAGGAAACUGAGUAAGAAGGCAGAGGUGAGCGAUUACUCGAGUAACUCCUCCACUGUGACUCUGGAAGCUCUGCACCAGCUGGCUGCCUCCUACUUCAUCGACAGGGAGAGCACUUUGCGCAAGCUGCACCACAUCCAGAUCGCCUCCACUGCCAUCAAGGUGACAGAGACCCGCACAGGUCCUCUUGGAUGUAGUAACUAUGACAACCUUGACUCUGUUAGCUCUGUGCUGGUUCAGAGCCCCGAAAAUAAAGUCCAGCUGCAAGGCUUGCAGGUGAUCCUUCCAGACUACUUGCGAGAAAGCUUUGUGCAGGCUGCUCUGAGCUACAUCGCCUGUAAUGGAGAGGGGGAAUUUGUCUGCAAGGACAAUGACUGCUGGUGCCAUUGUAACCCCAAGUUCCCAGAGUGCAACUGCCCCUAUAUGGACAUCCAAGCCAUGGAGGAGAGCCUGGAGAGGAUCACAGAGACAUGGGCGAUGCUCUAUAAAGAGUUUGAGGAAUCCGAUGAAUUCAAGGCGUUCUAUGCGAGGCUCCCCCACAACUAUUUCCUGAACGUGUCAGGCAUCCAACACUUGUGGUCGAUGGACAACCUGUUCCAGUGGCGAUAUGAGCAGUUGGAGAACAGCAUGCGGGUCCUUGCCAGUCGAGCGCAGAGAGUCAUCUUCAAGCUCUUCAGUCUCAGUAAAAGAUGUCAUCGACAGCCCCAAGUGCGCCUACCAAGAGAACGGCCUCAGUCCUACUGGCUGAGUCACUUGCAGUCCCUCCUGUAUUGCUCAGAGAACAACCAGCUUGGUGCAUUCUCAGAGGAGCUCCACAGCUGCAGCUGCCGAUACGACCACAGCCCCUGUCAGCUGCCGCCGCCUUGCUCUGUCGGGGAGGGCUCGGCAUGCGCGGCCUGUGCACCAGACAACCACACCCGCUGUGGGAGCUGCAACCCGGGCUUCGCCCUGAUACAGGGGGCCUGCAGGUCCAUGGUGGCGGACUCUACGGAGAACUACCUGGGAUUCGAGACGGACCUCCAGGAUUUGGAGCUGGGCUACCUACUGCAGAGAAGUGACCGCAGGCUAGAGGUCCACGCAAUAUUCAUCAGCAAUGACAUGCGACUCAACAGCUGGUUUGACCCUUCGUGGAGAAAGAGGAUGCUGCUGACGCUGAAGAGCAACAAGUACAAGUCCAACAUGGUCCACAUGCUGCUGGGAGUAUCCCUCCAGAUCUGCCUUACCAAGAACAGCACCCUGGAGCCUGUCCUUACUCUCUACAUCAACCCCUUUGGAGGGAGCCACUCAGAGAGCUGGUUAAUCCCUGUGAAUGAGAACAAUUUUCCAGAUUGGCAGUCCACCAAGCUGGACCUGCCCUUCGAGUGCUAUAACUGGACUCUGACGCUGGGCAACAAGUGGAAAACCUUCUUUGAAACCAUCCACAUCUACCUUCGGAGCCGGAUAAAGACUCAAGAUGGAGUGAAUGACAGCAUAUAUUACGAGCCUUUAGAAGUAACGGAUCCUGCUCGGAACCUGGGCUACAUGAAGAUCAACAGCAUCCAGGUCUUUGGCUACAGCAUGCACUUUGACCCAGAGGCAAUCCGCGACUUGAUUCUGCAGCUGGACUACCCAUACACCCAAGGGUCCCAGGACACUGCCAUGCUUCAGCUCUUGGAAAUACGAGACAGGGUGAACCGGCUGUCCCCUCCGGUACAACAGAGGUUGGAUCUGUUUGCUUGUCUUCUGCGACACCGUCUCAAACUUACUGCCAGCGAGGUGGUUCGCAUUCAUGCCUCCUUACAGGCCUUCAGCUCACGUCUGCCCAAUUCGAUGGAUUACGAGACCACCAAGUUGUGCAGUUAACAGUUGCUUGAAGGGAGAAUUGGACCAGCUUGUACUGAACUCCUGGACACCAGAACAGUCCUCAUUGUGGUGCAGAUGCUUACAGUUGUGCUCUGUCUCUAUGGAUUACCAAAUCGUAUGGUAAAACAGGAGCGAACCAGUUGUGGACAGCUGAAGAAUGUACUCAUCUGGCUGUUUUGGUUUCUGUUUUGUGGCAACUACCCUUCAGUGCUAGAUCAUAAAGAAUGAGGCGGACCGGCGAAAAAAACGCACAACUGUUUCACAAGAACAAACUAUACGAGAAAGAAUUAUACAGUACAAACUAAAAUACAUUAAAGUUGAACCAUCCUGUUUCAAUAUGACUCUGCUCAUUUCUACUGUAAGUACCAAUGCCAAAUGAAUGGACAGUUUAUGGUAAAAAUGGUUAAGUCUGUUUGUUUGUAACUUUUAUAUGUUCCUUUGCUUCAGUAACAGUGCACUUUCCAUGAAGACCAGAAUACAGUGGUGUCAGUCAAGAUUUUGUAGAUAAAUUGAUAUUAAAACAUCAUGUUAUAACAGAU